AUGAUGCUUACAAUCAAUGUGGCUCUCCUCUGCUGCAAUGUCACUUCAACAGUUAGGCCUACCAUGUCUUUAGUUGUCAGCAUGCUUGAAGGCAGGGCUGCUGUUCAGGAAUUGGUCUCAGAUCCAAAUGCCUCAACUAAUGAGAUCGAAGCAAUGAGGAAACAUUUUGAAUCCAGUUUCGGAAGGAAAACCGGUGAGAGCCAGACACAAACCGCGUCAACUGAAGGGCCUUGGACUGGUUCAUCUACAUCUGCUCAUGAUCUCUAUCCAGUCAAUCCUGAUUCAACUUACUGGGACAACAGAAAUGAAAGAAACUGA